CAGUCAUGCCGAUUUUAUCUCUUUAUCGGAGCUUACCGUCAUGCCGAUUCAGUCUCCAAGACGACUAUCCAGGCGCCCUCCCUCUCUCCAGAUGCAGGCUCCUUCGGUUUCUCAUACGAUUCAUCUUUACUAUCGCAACAGCAGUUGUUAUCGUCCCUAUUGGCRUCCUCUUCUUCGUCUCUGGUCUCAUCGUUAAUCUUAUUCAGGCACUUAUUUUUGUGACUGUACGACCAUUCUCGAAGAGUAUAUUCAGAAGAAUUAACAGAAUGGUGGCUGAGCUUCUAUGGCUGGAACUUGUUUGGAUCGUUGAUUGGUGGGCAGGAGUUAAGGUUAACCUAUACACAGAUCAUGAGACUUUAAGAAUGAUCGCCUAA